AUGGUUAAGACGUUUGGUCUUGAUGUUACGGUGGCCGGGAUCAAACGCAAAGAGAUCCUGGUUUGUUACAUGUACUGUGUGAGUGGUGCGGGCAUUCUGGCGCAAAUGAUGAUCAAUCCAAAUUACAUAAUGUUUGCCAACAGUAGAUACCCGACAACUCUAUGUUGCAGACCUACCUUCAACACAGCAACUCACACUGAAUGUCUUGCUUUCUACAAAACCAUGCCAAGAAUAUCAGCCAUCAAAAGUCUGGCUUUUUAUCAAAAUAUGUCAAAUGAUAAAAAUGUAGGCCGCAAGAUGAUUUUCCAAUCAUACGAAGAUUAUAAUGUAAAUUUUGGAAUUCAGUUUGUUUCCAAUAGAAAUGAUGCGACCGCAGAAACUCCAGACUGCUUCUAUGACGCUACAUCUAGGGCAAAGAGUGACGCAUAA